UGUUGAUUAUUUACUUCUUUAUUGAAGAAAUAGAAAUUAACGACUCAAUUCAUAAUUUGCAUGAUUUACUAAAUCACUAUAAAUAGCGAAAAUCCAAUCAAUUCUCCAAUGCUACGACCUAUACCUUCAUGGUAGAUACAGCGAAGUGUACCUUUACCUUGUCAAGAUAUUCACUUAUUUUGUAAACUCACAGUUCUGGAUAUCUGAUCCAUCUGAAUUUUUAUCAGCCCCUCUGGCCUCGACUUCCAGUAUGUGGUGGAUAGUGUUUAUUGGACUGUUUUUAUUGGCGGACCUUGGAUCAGGGGCUCGGCUUGGAAUACAUGGCACCAAUUUCACAUAUGAUGGAAACAGGGUGUUCCUUGCUGGGAUUAACAAAGCCUGGGAGCAUUAUGCCUAUGACUUCGGCAACGGACAAUAUAAUGGCGUCAAGGCCAGAUACGAGCACGUGUUCCAACAACUACAGGCCGCUGGAGCCAAUUCCAUCCGAAUUUGGAUUCAUAUAGAAGGAGAAUCCUCACCUAAAUUUGACAGCAAUGGUCACGUGACAGGGACUGACAAUGGCGGUACUUUGAUCAAUGAUAUGAGGGAUAUGCUUAGAGCCGCCCAGCAACACAAUAUAUUUGUAUUUCCAACGUUGUGGAAUGGGGCUCUCAACCAAAAUUAUCACUAUCGUCUAAACGGUUUGAUUCAGGACACCAGUAAACUGAAUUCUUACAUUGACCGCGCCCUGAAGCCCAUGGUACUCGCUCUGAAAGACAUGCCGUCUCUCGGGGGCUGGGAUCUGAUGAAUGAGCCGGAGGGAGAACUCAUCCCCAACCUGACCAGCACUGACCCCUGCCUUGACACCCGCCAUCUCCUCAACUCAGGGGCGGGUUGGGCAGGCAAACUUUACACGCCGCAGGAACUGCUAAGGUUCUUCAACUGGCAAGCGGCUGCCAUUAAAGAGGUUGAUCCCCAUGCUUUAGUUACAGUGGGAGCUUGGAACGGGAAGGUCAACACGGAUAACUUUGGUUUCCAUAACAUGUACAAAGAUAGCUGUCUGGUGAAGGCAGGAGGAAAGGCACUUGGCACUUUCUCCUUUUAUCAGAUUCACUCUUACGCCUAUAACGGAUAUUUCGGAACCGAAUCUCCCUUUAUGCACAACUUUAGCGCCUUUGGUCUCAACAAGCCGUUGGUUAUCGGAGAGUUCCGGGAGAAGAAUGGCGCCGGAAUGACCAUCGAUCAGCUUUAUGACCACGCCUAUAAUGGCGGAUAUGCCGGCGGGUGGGGCUGGUCAGAGACAGACGGGAACAUGGAUAACAUGCUGCAGGGUUUGAACCACAUCAGGAACUACAGCGGGGCCCACGGCACCAUCCACGUACAGAUACAUUACAACGGGACCUUUAACGAGGUCACUGAUUUUUUUUAAUGUUUAUUAACUUAUACUAAAAGUUUUCUUCAGUUUUCUUCAGUUUGACUAUUUCUUAUAAUGAACUCUUUAGCUGAUUCAUGUUAGGUUCAUUUAAAUGGCAGUUUAUAUCGUUAAGAAAAGUAUUUAAAUACUUACUUUUGUAGUACAUGUAUAAACUGGAAUAAAUGCAUCAAACAUUGCAAAAAAAAUCACAA